AUGGACGACGUGCGCCCGCCGCCGCGGCAUAACCCCGGCAACUCGGCGCUGUCGCGCGUCAACAGCGGGUCCCUGGGAAACUUUCACAUGAACCGCGAGAUCGCGGCGCCGGACCCGCCGGUGAAGAAGGAGCGCAAGCGCGAGGUCGUGAAGCGGCUCAUCGCCAACCUCUCCUACGUCGAGAUGUCCGUCGUCAAGGCGACCGCGCCGACGGACGGACCGCCGAAGAGCAAGCACACGCGACGACUCGUCGACGAGUCGUGGCGAUCCCCCGCGGCCGCGGAGGAGGCGAUCCUCGCGCUGUCGCGGUGCCCUCUGCUGAACUCGCCGAUAAUCACGCUCAAGGUGCUGAGCACGGUGCACGAGCUCAUGCAAAAAGGAUCGCCGUCGGUGCUGCCGGCGACGUGCCAGUGGCUCGAUCACUUCAUGCUCGUGGAAGCGCACUGGGGGCCGGGACAGAUGGGGGGCGAGUACGGCCUUUCGCAAGUCUGCGGAAGGCUCAUCGUCGCGUACGCGAAGAUGCUCAGCGCGAAGGCGCGGUUCCACAAAGACUUUCGCGCGUUUGAAAACAACUACUCGUUCGACGCGGAGAGGUCGACGAACGCGCGGCCGGACCCGGUGUCGGCGCAGUCCCUGAGCGCGAUGCUCUCGCUCGGGAGCUGCUGCAGAGAAGCUCUGGACGUCGCGGCGGACAUCUUACCCAGGGAUCCCCCGCUGGCGGCGUUGCAGUGGCAUAGACUGCUCGCGCACGUCGGGAAACUCGUCGCCGUGGAGGCGCACCUGCUUCACGGCGCCGCGGUGUACGUCGCCGCGACGCUCGCGGAGUACGGCGCGGGCGGGUUAAAGAACGCCGGGCCGGGAGGGAGAGGCGAGGGCGGGCUCCCGAGAGAGGAAGCGCGGCGGUUAGAGAUGGAGCACAGCGCGCUGAGAGCGACGUUCGUGGAGGCGCGCGCGCGGCCGGCGAUGAUGCUCGCGUUCGUCGAGGAAGGCGGCGACCCCGCGCUCCCGCCCGGGUGGCUCGGCGAGGGCGAGGGCGGCGAGCGGUUCGGGUUCCUCGAGCUCCCUGCGUCGCUGCCGAAUUUCGAUAGCAAAGAAGGGAGGGCCGCGAUGGCGAGCAUGAUCGCGAGCUCGUUCGGACCGCCGUCGUCGCACACGCCGCCGCCCGCGAGCGCGAGGGAGGUGUCCCCGUUCGACGCGUACCCGAGCGACGACGAGUACGCGUCCGCGUCCGAGGGCGGAAACGAGCGCGAGCGCGGCGCGCGCGACGACGGCGGCGCCAGCGCGGAGGACUUUGGUUGGCCGGUGGUCUUCUCCCCGGGCGGGGUGAACGAGCGAAACGCGCCGACGGCGGGGGCGCCGCUGAUCGACUUCGACGACGGCGCGGGGUGGGUCUCCGCGGCGGCGGCGACGACCGCGGCGACGCCGCGGCCGCCCAUCUUCGGUGGGUACAGCGGGUCCACGUCCAUCGCCGGCGGCACGGUCCCGGGCGGGGGCGCCGGACGCGGCGGCGCGGGGAUGCGCUCGGGCGUCGCGACGGGCGGGCACAACAGGACGCCGUCGCAAGAGAAGAAGGCGCUCGACAUGGCCGCGUCGCUCGCGGCGUUCGAGCUCACCGCGGUGCGUCCGACGACGCAGCAGGAGGCGGUGUUCGACGCGAAGGCACCGACGAUGUUCAAGGACAUCGCGCCCGCGGGGAUCAACUCGCAGCGCCCGCCGCCGACGGCGGGGCCGCCGAUGUCGAUGAACGCCGCGUCGAGGACCAACGGCGGCGGCGGCGUCGCCGCGGCCAUGGGCGGGUGGGGCGGGAACGGCGGCGGGUGGGGCGGUCAGCAGCAACAGCAGCUGCAGCAGCAACCGCCGCCGCAGCCGCAGCAGUCGCAGUUGCAGCAGUCGCAGCAGUUCGUGUCCGCGCGGCAGCAGCAACCCCCCGCGCCGCCGCCGCCGCCGCAGCCGCAACGCACGCAGGCGCCGAUGGAGGGGUGGGCGAACUUCGACGACGCGCCGACGGCGCCGCCGCCGCCGAUCCCGAUGAAGAACCGGCCGCAGAACCUGAACAUCAUCCCUCCGAACUUCGCGCCCGCGGUCCCGACGCCGCGCGCGGGACACCAGCGCACCCCGAGCGGCGGAUCGCCCGUUCCGGAGGCGUCGUUCGACGAGAUUCCGAUCGAGGCCAUCGUCUUCGGCAAGCGCGUCGGCACCGGCGCGUUCGGCGAGGUGUUAAAGGCGAAUUACCAAGGUACGGACGUCGCGGUGAAGCGGCUGAGAUUAGACCCGUCGCAGCCGCAGGCGGCGGAGGACUUCCGACGAGAGCUCAGGGUCUUGUGCGGUUUACGGCACAAGCACGUCGUGCAGUUUCUGGGCGCGUGCACGACGGGUCCGGAUCUGUGCCUGGUGAUGGACUUUUGCUCCAACGGUUCCUUGUACGGCGUGUUACACAACCGCAGGCAGAACAUCACCGCCGCGCACGUUUUGCGGUGGAUGGCGGACACCGCGCGCGGGAUGGUGUACCUGCACUCUAGGAGCAUCAUCCAUCGCGACGUCAAGUCCGGGAACUUGCUCUUGGACGAGAGCGGGUGCAUCAAAGUCGCGGACUUUGGCCUCGCGCGCGCGCACGGGCCGACGUCGAACCUCCUCACUCUGGUCGGGACGUAUCCGUACAUGGCCCCCGAGUUGCUGGAUAACCAGGCGUAUAACAACAGCGUUGACGUGUACUCGUUCGGGAUCGUGAUGUGGGAGUGCUUGACCCGGGACGAGCCGUUCCGCGGGCACUCGCCGAUGCAGAUCGUCGCGACGUUGUUACGCGGCGAGCGGCCGAAGCUGCCGGCGUCGCCGGCGCUGCCGUCGAGCUACGUUCGGUUGCUCAUGGAGUGCUGGGCGACGCAGCCGGAACGCCGCCCGACUUUCAGCGCGGCGUUGGAUCGGUUGGUCGGGAUCGCGCAGGCGAUGCGCGCGGCGGAGGAGAACAGGCACCGUCGGUGA